AGGAGAAACGGGAAACGAAAGACAGAUCACACAGAGGAUGAGAGUAAAGUGGGCUGAGGAACAAGACACUGAGUCCAAGAUGGCAAGUGAACUAGCCCUGUCCACUGCUAGAAGUGGAGAAAUUUGCGUGGGAAGAGAAAUGAGAGAUUCCUUCUCACUGUUGGAUGUUCUCUAUGCAAAUCAGUUCAAAGGAGAGUCUUUAGAUCCAAAAGUUGUUGUGCAGACGGAAGAAACCUUUUACAGGGGUGCCCCUCCCGAAUGGUUAAACUUUCACAUUAGUGAACAGGCCGAGUCAGACGGCACUGGAACUUCCUUUAUUAAACGAGAUGGAUACGAUUCACUUAAACAACAAAUUCAGAACAAAAGAAAACUUCCAGGAAUAUCAACUGUUAAACUGUUCCACCAACCAGGAUGUGGGGGAACCACACUGGCCAUGCAGGUGUUGUGGGACUUGAGGAGGUCCUUCAGGUGUGCUGUUUUAACAGGCUCAACCUCAGACAUCAUGAAUGUUGCAACAGAGGUGGUCCAUCUUUUCACAGCAGGCAGUCGAGGCAACCAGAACACUGUGCUGCUGCUACUGAAUGAUGAACACAUUCUGGAAAAUCUCCAAGACAGCAUUAUGGAAAAGAUGGUUCAACAGAGGAUAGUUACCAAUAUCCCUGUGGUAAUUUUCUUCACCUGUGUGAGAAAGGAAGUUCUACAGAGUGACCACGUUAUCCUACAAAAAGCACUCUCUGACACAGAGAAACAGAAGUUUGAUGAGAAAAAGAAAGAGCUGAGCAGAAAGUACAGGGAUAAAUGUGGACAAUUUCAUGGCUUUAACAUAAUGCAAACUAAUUUCUCUCAAGCGUAUGUCAAACAAGCAUGCACAGUAUUCAGUACAGUCCAAAGAGCAAAUAAACCACUGAAGACCCAGCUUGCUACCUUCCUAUCCCUGCUGAAUGCCUAUGUACCAGGCUCAUAUCUCCUGGAGUCUCAGUGCCUGGAAUUCCUCAAACAUGAAGACUCCAUCCAUGGACACCUUUCACUGGAGGACAGAAUGGAGCCCUUUAGUCAUCUCAUCAUCACCUUCCAGCAUGAUGUCAGAUCUGGAAAAAAAGUGUGCAUGGCUCACCCAAUGAUAGCACAGUGUUGUACUGAAUUAAUGGGUGAGGCAGAUGUGACCAGAAGUGACACAGCAAGAAGCUUCUUGAACUCUCUGUGUAGAGAUGAGAUUCCUCCACGUUUGCUUAGUUUCGUCAAAGACAUGCUGACCAAAAGAGAGAUGAAAGUAGAAGAGAACCCAAAGAAAAGAAUCAAUGGUAAUGAGAUUAAAGAAGACCGAGAAAGGUUUUCUAGACUGAUUCUCGAUAUUCAAAGGAAGGAGAGCGAAGUCCAGAGUGCAUCAGUUUUAAAGAUGGCGUCAAUGAUAUUUUUACAAAAUCCUUUUUUCCCACAAGCACUUGCUCGUUUUUAUUACAUCGAACUAAAAGACUACAAUCAGGCAGAAAGGUGGGCAAAAGAAGCAAAGGAAAGAGAUCCCAAAAAUUCAUUUGUUGCUGAUACACUGGGCCAAGUCUAUAAGAACCAUCUGAAGAACAAAGACUUCUCUGCUAAACCGAGAGAAAGUUUGAAACUUGCCAAAAAGGCCAUUCAAGCUUUCAAAGAUGAAGACCAACUUGCUGAAAAUGAACAUGGUGCAGACAUGAAAGAAGAUGGCAAUACCAAAGUCUCACAUAUUUUUAACAUCAGAGGGCAGUUUGGUUACCUGCAGGUUUGCAACAUUGUUUACGACCAACUUGUUACUCAGAACGAAACCUGGAAAAAAGUUCUCACCAAGAAUGUGUCCAUGGGCUCUGUCCUGGGAUCGUUAGGAGACAACAAACUCUACAGAUUUAAUGGUCUAAUAAGCAGCCUCAGAGACGAGGUCGAGAAAAAAUGCAACUUUUUAAAUGCCUAUCUAACUUUCUCAAAGCCUGGCAUUCAAAAAGAUGAUCCAUCAUACAUUCAGAAGGAUGUGUCAUCAUGCUACUGUAAAUAUACUGAGCAUCCACUACCUGACCUGAUUAGAGAUGUCAUGAAUACAUUUGGAGAUAAUGUGGAAGAGAACAUGUCACCAAGUGAUGCAGACACCCCUGAACCUCCCAUUGUUGGUCUCCUCAAAGAGUGGCCUGGGGACAACAACAGUCCCUCUGACCUAAUGCUGUUCGUUCAAAAAAUUAAUCACUCCUAUGACUCUGCAUAUGCAAAGUACUUUCAAUCAAGGUACCUUUGUCCCUUAUUUUACCUUGGUGAAGAUGAGGCUCUGAGCAGAAUUGCUCCAACAAACAAUAGUCAGUUUUUGCUGGAGAAUGAUGAUGCAACAACAGACUUCAUCAACUACAUGAUGAACAAUGAUAAGAUUUUUAAAGAUCUUAGGGUCAACAAAAAACUCUUGAAAUUUCAUGGAGUAGUCCAAAACUACAAAUUGUUUGCAGCUAUAGGGGGCAUGAAGGUCAUGGUGAAUGCAAACAUGCGAGACAGCCUCUGGAUUCAACGUGAUGUUUCCUUUUACCUUGGAUUCACCAUCAGAGGUCUGGUAGCCUUUGGCAUCCAGACAGAGAACAACAAACUGGGGCCUACAAGAAGCUGUGACUCUUGUGGCAGUGUCAAGGACUCCAACUGGACAGCAGCCACACCUGAGCGCAGAACAGAGAAUGCUCUCCCGAUCUACAGGAUGCAGUCUGAAGCAGGACGCUUCAAAUGCAGUGUGUCUGGGCUGCGCUGGGUUUGUAAGAAAAAAGUCAGCUUCACAUACCAGUUUAAAUCUUGGGAGGAACACUGGCAGAAGCUGAACAUGGUGCAUUGCAAACCAGGAGGUCCCCUGAUGGAUAUCACCGUCACUGACGGAGAGCUUGAUGAAGUGCAUCUCCCACACUGGGUCUGUAUGGAUGGCUUAGCUAAAGUUUCAGGCAAGUUUGCAGUUCUACACAAAGGACAAUCUGGAAACUUUCUAGAAGAAGUGUCUGAGGUCACAUCUUCACAUGUCAGAUUAUUCCAGCCCAGCAGCUUCUCUACAAAUGCAGUCCUGAUAAAAGCUGGAUUUCCAAUGAAAGCCCACUGUAACGUGUUGAUUUAUCGGACCAACCAGAAGCAACUCACAUUACACAUUUAUGUGAUCGUUUGUGAUCCUGCUCGACAACAGGAAGUGGAGCAAGUGGAAAGGGCCAGGGGAUCUAGAAUGAUCCAAAAGCCAAACCCAGAGAAAUCCCUUGAAACACUGGAGUCAUUCAUCCUCACAACUGAUGCAGACUCUGCAGAAAUUUCGGUGGUACACAGUACACCAAAUUUCUUUGAGGUGUUCAUUAAAAAUGCAGAGAGUAACGUCAAACUCAAACUAGAAGAUGAAGAGAAGCAUAUUGUGUGGACCUGUGCAAUAUCAAAAGAUGAGUACCAAAACUAAAACAGUGGAGAUAAACACCAUGAGGAGGUAACAAAAGGAGGUGCAUUCUGAAGAAUUACAUCGCACUGAAAUUGUAUUGUGUCAUUUUGUGAGGAGUCACAAAAUGACUGAACAUCUGCGUAUUCUGACUUUAGUUUUUGCAAAGAAUCUAUUCUGUGAUUUAUUUUAUAUCUUAGGUUCCAGAUUUUAGCAUUUUCUUUAAUGAAUUAUGAGAUUUAUAAGAGGCGACAUGCAAAUAAAUGAAACAAAGAAAAAAUAUAUUCUUACUGUAAAAUAAUUGCAAUAUUUGGCUUUUAAAUGUUAUUUUUCCUUUCUUCAAUGUAAAUAUUCAUUGUUUUGCAAGAUUUGUCAAGAAAACCCAAUUAAAUGGUGAAGGACACACUUUGGUGCAUUUUUAAAGGCACAGAUUAUGUUUUUUAAGUGUGUUUUAUAUUGUGUGGCACAGUUUUAAGAAAAUGUUCAUAUGUAAGGAAUAACUCAAUGACUUGUGAUUUUGCUGCAAUGUGCUUGACUAAAGACUAAGAAAAUAAUAACUAUGUAUUAGUGUGAUGAAAGAAGAGAUUGAAGCUGUGUUCUGUUUUAUUAGUACAACUAAAAACCCAACAAAAUGUCAUCAGCUAAAUGGUUAGACCAGAUUAAUGUGACAUGACAAGUGUUUUGAUAUAAGAUGGGUCAAUUACUUUAAUCCUUUGUCAUUGAUUUAUUUCCCCCAUGUUACCUCUGUCCUUUUUUAAUUUUGUCUCUAUAACCAAGUAAGUAUAGUGUGAAUCUAUGUAUGUAUUGAUUAUUUUCAUUUUCUCAUGAUGUUGAUAUCUACAAAUGAGACAUUUUCUUACUUGAAAUAGUUAGUAACAAAAGUUUUAUUUCUGUA